CUUUCUCCCAUUAAUCUCUCUCUCUCUCUCUCUCUCUCUCUCUCUCUCUCUUUCCUUUUUCCAAUCUCUCCCUCCCCCCGAAUUCACAGACACAGAGAAGAUGGUGAGGGACGACCUGUACAUCGCGGUGCCUAGUUUCUUCCGGUGCCCAAUUUCGCUCGACGUCAUGAAAUCCCCUGUGAGCCUCUGCACCGGCGUCACCUACGAUCGCACCAGCAUCCAGCGCUGGCUCGACGACGGCAACAACACGUGCCCCGCCACCAUGCAAGUCCUCCACACAAAAGACUUUGUCCCCAAUCGCACCUUGCACCGCCUCAUCCAGAUCUGGUCCGACUCGCUCCGCCCCCACCGGGUCGACUCAGUCGACAGCGACUCGCCUUCUUCACCUUCCGAGUUACCGGCCAGGGACCAGGUCAGCGACCUAAUCCAGUGCAUGGACUCCGAGCCCUCCUCCGCCUCCUCGCUUGACUCGCUGUCGAAGAUCGCUCGCUUCGCGGCAGAGUCCGACGAGAACCGGAAAUUUCUCGCGAGCAGCGACGGGUUCAUGUCGCUGCUCGUCGACUUUAUCGGCGGCGGUGACAAUGCCGUGGAUGGCGCUCAAAUUGGCGUCCUGGAGCAAGCAGUGAGGAUCAUACAGUUGUUGCUGGACGACGAAAUCCAAGGGCGCGAGGAGCUGAUGAGAUGGAUGUUAAAGAAGACCGGCCGCGACUGCCUGGCGUCGCUGCUCGUCGUCCUCCAACAAGGAAGUGCGGACGCUCGAAUCGCAUCGGCUAGGAUUUUGGAGUCAAUCGCGGUCAACGCGGAGGCCAAGUUCCUAAUCUCCGAGAAAGACGGCUUGCUAUCCGAAUUGCUGAAAUUGACGGGUCCGGAAAAGGACCCGACCCUGAUCGAGGCGGGUCUUUCGUGCCUAAUCGCGGUGUCGACGCCGAGGAAGGUGAAGGUGAGGCUGGUCCAUUUGGGAGCCGUGAAGUGGCUGUCGAAGCUGCUGGGGGACCCGAACUCGGCGACGUCGACGAUCGAGAAGGUUCUCAAGGUGCUCGAAAUGGCGUCGUCAGUGAAGGAAGGGAGGGCGAAGAUAUGUGAGGACGGGAAGUGCGUGGCGGGAAUCGUGCAGAGGCUACUGAAAGUAUCGGAUGCGGCGACGGAGCACGCGGUGACGAUACUGUGGAGCGUGUGCUAUUUGUUCAAGGAGCGGGCCGCGCAGGAGGCGGUGGCCAAGGCGAACGGGUUGACCAAGAUCUUGCUGUUGAUGCAGAGCAACUGCUCGCCGGCUGUUCGUCAAAUGUCGGCCGAUUUGCUCAAGAUUUUUCGGGUCAAUUCCAAAUCGGUUAUUUCUUGUUAUGAUACUAAGACCACUCAUAUCAUGCCCUUUUGAGAAGGACAAAAAAAAAAAAACAGAAGAAACAAACGAUUGUAAAUGACACAAAUUUUGUUAGUGAAUACAAAAGGAGAAAUUCAUUUAAUUUUUA